GUAUCGCCAUCAGAAAGUCUUCUUUUUCUACUUUCUACCCGGUUUAAAUACCACAUAACCCACCAACAAUUAUUCGCACUCAAAUUCUCCUUUUCUCCUUGUUGUAAUAAUCAAGUUUUGCUAUGGCUACUUUUGAUUACCAGCUGAUAAUCGGCAUGAUGAUGACCGUCUUCUUAGCUUCCUCUGUCUCUGCAGAUCCUGAUUUGCUUCAAGAUGUUUGUGUUGCUGAUCUUACUUCAGGUGUGAAAUUGAACGGAUUCGAAUGCAAAAGCAACAUAUCAGCUGAUGAUUUCUUUUUCGCGGGCUUAGCGAAGCCAGGGUCAACCAACAACACUUUCGGUGCAACCGUUACCCCAGCCAGUGUACAACAAAUCACAGGGCUAAACACCCUCGGAGUAUCCAUGGCCCGUAUUGAUUAUGCACCAGGGGGUAUCAACCCACCACACACCCAUCCAAGAGCCACUGAGAUAGUGUUUGUGCUCGAAGGCGAAUUGGAUGUUGGUUUCAUCACCACAGACAAUAAACUCUUCUCUAAGACCAUCAAGAAAGGCGAAAUCUUCACAUUUCCGAGAGGUUUAAUUCACUUUCAGUUAAACAACGGGAAAGUUCCUGCCGAGGUUAUUGCAGCCUUCAACAGCCAGUUGCCUGGCACCCAACGGGUGGCAAACGCCUUGUUUGCUUCGUCUCCAACUGUGGAAGAUGUUGUGUUGACUAAAACAUUCCAAGUUGGAACCAAACUGGUUGAGAAAAUUAAGUCCAGAUUAGCUCCCAAGAAGUAAAAUCUUAACUACCCAAUUACACUCCAUUUAUGCUUUAUUGAAGUUUUUUAUUUGUUUUAUUGUUUUUUGUAUAAAUGGUUUAUGACAUCAGAUCUUGUUAUAAUGUUGUAACCAAUUGAAGAGGUUGAUGAAUACUUCAAAAUUAAUAAAUUUAUGUAUUAUGCACAACUCUUGUCGAUAAAUUUUACUAAUAAA